AUGGUAGAUGAGAAAGGAAAGAACAUGAAAUGUCUCACCUUCUUCUUGAUGCUUCCAGAGACCGUCAAGAACAGGUCCAAGAAGAACUCUAAGAAGGGAAACAGCAGCAGCAGUAGCAGCAGCAAAUUGCCUCCGGUUUGCUAUGAAAUCAUUACCUUGAAGACCAAAAAGAAGAAGAAGAUGGCUGCUGAUAUUUUUCCCCGAAAGAAACCGGCCAACACUAAUACAACUGCUGUCCAGCAGUACCACCAGCAAAAUCUCAAUAACAACAACACCAUUCCAGCACCUAACUGGCAAGGACUUUAUCCAACCAUCAGAGAGAGAAAUGCAGUGAUGUUCAACAAUGACUUGAUGGCAGAUGUUCAUUUUGUGGUCGGGCCACCAGGUGGGACCCAGCGGCUGCCAGGACACAAAUAUGUCCUGGCUGUCGGGAGCUCUGUGUUCCACGCGAUGUUUUACGGGGAGCUUGCUGAGGACAAGGAUGAAAUCCGCAUACCAGAUGUUGAGCCUGCUGCUUUUCUUGCCAUGCUGAAAUACAUCUAUUGUGAUGAGAUCGACCUGGCUGCAGACACCGUCCUGGCCACGCUUUACGCUGCCAAGAAGUACAUCGUCCCUCACCUCGCCCGCGCCUGCGUCAACUUCCUGGAGACCAGCCUGAGCGCCAAGAACGCCUGCGUCCUGCUGUCCCAGAGCUGCCUCUUCGAGGAGCCUGACCUCACCCAGCGCUGCUGGGAGGUGAUCGACGCCCAGGCUGAGCUGGCUUUGAAAUCCGAGGGCUUCUGUGACAUUGAUUUCCAGACGCUGGAAAGCAUCCUCCGAAGGGAGACUCUGAACGCCAAAGAGAUCGUGGUUUUCGAGGCGGCCCUGAGCUGGGCGGAGGUGGAGUGCCAGCGGCAGGAGCUGGCGGCCACCAUCGAGAACAAGCGCAAGGUGCUGGGCAAGGCCCUCUACCUGAUCCGCAUCCCCACCAUGGCGCUCGACGACUUCGCCAACGGCGCCGCUCAGUCCGGCAUCCUCACCCUCAACGAAACCAACGACAUCUUCCUCUGGUACACGGCGGCCAAGAAGCCGGAGCUGCAGUUCGUCAGCAAGCCGCGGAAGGGGCUGGGCCCGCAGCGGUGCCACCGCUUCCAGUCCUGCGCCUACCGCAGCAACCAGUGGCGCUACCGGGGCCGCUGCGACAGCAUCCAGUUCGCCGUGGACAAGAGGGUGUUCAUCGCCGGCUUCGGGCUCUACGGCUCCAGCUGCGGCUCGGCGGAGUACAGCGCCAAGAUCGAGCUCAAGCGGCAGGGCGUCAUCCUGGGCCAGAACUUGAGCAAGUACUUCUCAGAUGGCUCUAGUAACACUUUCCCCGUGUGGUUCGAGUACCCCGUGCAGAUCGAGCCCGACACCUUUUACACGGCUAGCGUGAUUCUGGAUGGCAACGAACUCAGCUAUUUUGGACAGGAGGGGAUGACGGAGGUUCAGUGUGGGAAGGUGACUGUGCAGUUUCAGUGCUCCUCGGACAGUACAAACGGCACUGGGGUACAGGGAGGGCAAAUUCCCGAACUCAUAUUUUAUGCUUGA